UAAUAACAAUAAUAAUCUUAUCUGUACAAUGUUUUUUCUACUUCUGUGAAUUUGACUUAGAGUCUGGAAUGAAGAAUACUUGAUUUAAGGGAGGUUUUUUUUCCAUUCCGGAUUGCUAUGAUGACUCCUCCUGUUGAUGAAACGAUACCAAAACAGUUAAUUAUUUUGUGGGAGUUAAGCUAAUUCCUCAGAAUACUAAGAUGCAGUUGAAGAAUAUUAACUUGUUUAGGCUGGAUUUGUUGAUGGUUUGGGUUUAAAAAGCACGACAUAUAAAUUGAAGUUUGAAGUCAGUGAUAAGGGCGUGUUGCUUCACUCUAUUGUGUCCGGUGGGAAACAGUUGAUCGCACGAACUAUUAUGCUACGGAAGCAGUGACUGAAUGACGUGUCCUGUUGUGGUUGAGAAUGGCUCACAGUGCAAGGAGAGACUCCCCGGAGUUCCCAGACUUCUCUCUGCUAAAGAGAUUGGUCAGAGAUCAGCUCAUCUACCUAUUGGAACAGCUGCCAGGGAAGAAAGACCUUUUUAUUGAAGCAGACUUAAUGAGCCCGCUGGAUCGGAUCGCAAAUGUGUCAACACUAAAGCAACACGAAGUGGACAAACUCUACAAAGUGGAAUACAAACCUGUUAUCAGCACCUCUGAUCAGCUUUGUUUUCUGAUUCGCCCAAGAAUACAAACUGUCAAGUGGAUUUGCGAUGUAGUUAACGCUGACAAGGCAGCUGGCAGAUUUAAAAGAUACAAGAUCAUUUUCACACCCCAGAAGUUUUAUGCUUGUGAGGCUGUACUGGAGGAGCAGGGGAUAUUUGGUGAUGUGACGUCAGACGAGUGGGCAUUCUACCUCCUUCCUCUUGAUGAUGAUAUUAUCAGUCUGGAGCUGCCAGAGUUCUUACGAGACAACUUUUUGGCUGGAGACCAGCGAUGGGUGAGGACAGCUGGGAGUGCAUUGCACCUCCUUCACUCCCUGUACGGCCCGUUCUCAAAGCUCUAUGGCAUUGGACGCUGCUCUAAGAUGACAUACGAGUGUUGGAGGAAGCUGGUAGAGGAGGGAGAACAAAAAGCUCACCAAGCAGAAAUUGGGAAUGUUUUUCUGAUUGAUCGAGACGUGGACUUUGUCACUCCUCUUUGCUCGCAAGUUGUGUACGAAGGACUCGUGGAUGACAUAUUCAGAAUCAAAUGCGGUUGUGUUGAGUUUGGACCUGAUGUGACCUCGUCAGACAAAAGUGUAAAGGUCAUGCUGAACUCCCAGGAUAAGGUUUUCAGUGAAAUCCGAAACGAGCACUUCUCCAACGUCUUUGGGUUCCUCAGCCAGAAAGCCAGGAACCUCCAGACAGCGUAUGAUAAGCGUCGGGGGAUGGACAUAAAGCAGAUGAAGGCGUUUGUGUCAGAGGAGCUGAAAGGGCUGAAGCAGGAGCAUCGGCUGCUCAGCCUACACAUCGGUGCCAGUGAAUCUAUGAUGAAGAAGAAAACAAAGCAGGACUUCCAGGAGCUGUUGAAGACAGAACACUCUUUACUUGAAGGAUUUGAAAUCCGUGAAUGUAUUUCUUACAUAGAGGAACACAUCAACAGACAGGUCUCCAUGAUUGAAAGUCUACGGCUGCUUUGUCUUUUGUCUGCUACAGAAAAUGGACUUUUGCCAAAAGAUUUCCGGUCGUUGAAAGCACAGUAUCUUCAGAGCUACGGAGUGGACCAUCUGCUCACAUUUUCUAACCUGAAGCAGCUCGGACUGCUGGUGGAGCAGCAACCAGGGGAGACGCUCACUGUGAUGGAAAGCAGAGUGGGCAAACUGGUCAAUGACAAAACUGCAGGAAAGCUGACUGAUGCUUUUUCUUCCCUGGCAAAGAAGGGCAAUUUCAGAGCCUUGAGCAGAAGACUCAACCUGGUACCAAAGUCAGAUGAAGAAUACGACCUGCGUGUUCCUCGAGACAUGGCUUAUGUCUUCAGUGGUGCCUAUGUUCCUCUGAGCUGCAAACUCAUCGAACAGGUGUUAGAGAAAGAUGGUUGGACGGGUCUUGAGGAAGUAACCAGGCUGCUAAAUGGGCAUGAAUUUGCUGUUACAGGCAGUAGCGGGGCCGAUUUAAAGCCCAAGAACAACGCUCAGCGUGUCGUUCUGGUCAUGUUCCUAGGUGGAUGCACUUUCUCUGAGAUUUCAGCCCUCCGUUUUCUCGGUAGAGAGAAAGGUUAUAAAUUUAUUGUGGUAACAACUUCGAUUAUAAACAGUUCAAGGCUGAUUGAAGCUCUGCUGGACGACCAUGUAUGAAGAAGCCCAUCAGCACUACUAAGGACUGGAAAGUGACACAUUCUUGAAACCACUUGUCAUACAUGCCCAGUAUUAAUGUUUGCACCCGUUUAGUCUUUCUCCGACCAAAUCAGAGCUGUAAAAUAUGUAAAAAGCGAAUAAAUGUGUUUUUUAAA